ACAUGCCGUCGCCGUCGCGUAGCCCAUCCACGGCUCGUCCGCUGGACGCCGACCUCACCGGGGACGCGCUCCGCCUCAAGACCGAGGCUGGCGAGCUGUAUGUGCAGGGCAAGUACUAUGAAGCAAAGAAGCUGUACACAGAAGCAAUCCAGAUCAAUGACGAAGCGGCGGUGCUGUACUCGAACCGAUCGAUGUGCAAUCUGAAGACAAACCAUCUCGAGGAUGCGCUGGAUGACGCCAAGCGCGCGGCCGAGCUGCGGUCAGAGUGGUACCGCCCGCAUGUGCGCGCUGGACAGGCCCUGCUGCGGAUGGAGCGGUACGCCGAGGCGGUGACCGCCUUUGAGCAGGCCAUCGCUCUCCACGGUGCGACAGGGUCGGCAUCGCCGUCCAAGGACGUGGCGCGGCUGCUGCAAAAGGCCAAGGAGAAGCUGGCCAAGUUUGGCGACUCGCCGCACGACGACCGCAUGAAGCAGUCCGAGGCCGCGUUCAUCGCCGACGUGCAGGCCGGCAACAUCGACGGCGUCCAGGCCUACAUCGACUGUGGCUACUCGCUCGAGGCGCGGGCGUCGUCACUCGACGCGUCUGGGGCUACGGCAGUCAUUCUCGCCACCCAAGGCCUCGCGCCGCGGAUCGUCGAAUCGCUGCUCCGCGCCGGCGCCGACGUCAACGCCAGCGACAUCCACGGACGGACCGCGCUCUGGUACGCGGCGCAGAUGGACUCGCCGGUCCUCGCUGCUCUCCUCCUUCGCGCCGGCGCUCGAAAGGACCUUGCCGACAACGCGGGCGUCUCGCCGGCAAACCUUGCCCAGAACGUGUUCGACGACACCUCGUUCUCCGAGGUCCUCGUCCUCUUUGACGAGGACGAUCCUGGCGCAAUCCCGGUUCCGGACCUCGACGCGCCGUGCCUCCCCGGCGUCACCCAACAGUCUGCAUCGGCCUCUGCACCGCGUCCGCCCACGCCCUGGGCCGAUCAGAUGUGGUUUGUCGCCGGCGGCGUCACUGUCCUCGGCGCGCUCGGCCUCCUCACCUACACCUUCCUCCGCCGCAAGUAG